CGGGCAGCGGCGAAUUGAAGCAGACGACGGCGAUGAUCGUGAAACCAGGAUGUCUGCCAUUGAAUCACUGCCCGCAAUCAGUAACCGUUCUCAAAACCCCCACUCUUAAACCCAUUUUCAUCUCCACUCUCGAGCCUUUCAAGCACAGAUCACUCAGACGCCGUAUACUAGCCGUUGUCAACCAGUCGCUUGCUAAGGAAAUCCCCAACAAAUCUACUCAAUGGAUUUGUAAUUAUUUCAAGGAAAUGGUGGCGUGUCGGAUUCCCACAAUGCCACUUGUUAUUGCUAAUGCGUUGUUGAUAUCGACGCCAUUAGAAGCCAUGGCAGAAACGUGUGUAGCUGAUAAAUCCACCAUCAAUAUGCCAUUGUUGUUGUUUGUUUCCCUUAUUGGGGCAACUGUUGGAGGACUGCUUGCUCGACAAAGACGGGGAGAAUUGGAGCGGGUGAAUGAACAGUUGCGUCAGAUAAACACUGCUUUGAGAAGGCAAGCUAAAAUCGAGUCUUAUGCACCAAACUUAAGUUAUGCUCCCAUUGGUGGAAAGAUACCAGAAACUGAAGUGAUUGUAGAUCCUAGAAAGCAAGAAUUGAUUUCUCAUUUGAAAAAUGGGAAGAACUUUCUUAGGAAUCAAGCCCCAGAGAAGGCAUUUUCAGAGUUCAAAACAGCACUUGAUCUUGCACAAAAUCUAAAGGACCCAAUAGAGGAAAAGAAGGCUGCAAGGGGAUUAGGAGCAUCCUUGCAAAGGCAUGGCAAGUAUCGGGAUGCAAUUAAAUACCGCUCUUUGGUUCUAGAAAUAUCAGCAAGGGAAGGAGAGGAUUCUGGGAAUGCUGAAGCCUAUGGGGCAAUUGCUGACUGUUACACUGAGCUUGGAGAUUUGGAGCGAGCGGGCAAAUACUAUGACCAAUACAUUGCCAGAUUGGAAAUGGAUUGACCUCUUCUUCAUUCACUUCUCCAGUUUCACUGUGCUCAGAACUGGUAGUAGAGCGCCAGCCCCAUUGGAGACUACCAAGGUUUCCCAUUUUCCUGAAUGACUUUCUGAACACCUCUCUCUCUUCUCAACAUGUAGUACUCAUGAACUAAACACACCAAACAUUGCAUAGGGG